CACGCCUGCGCGUACGCAACUUCAUAUAUAAACUCCCGGCUUCGUCUAUCCGUACUCAUUUCCCGAGACACCUCUAGUCCCUCACAAUGGCCGCUAAGUUUGUCGUAGUGCUCGCCGCGUUGGUGGCCGCGUGCCAGGCGUCCGUGGUGCCCCUUGCGCGAGCAGACGCCGACUACACCAGCUUUGCGUACGACGUGGCCGACCCCAACACCGGCGACUACAAGAGCCAGGUGGAGACGCGCGUGGGCGGCACCGUGGCCGGCCAGUACUCGCUGCUGGACGCCGACGGCACCAAGCGCACCGUGGACUACACCGCCGACGACGUCAACGGCUUCAACGCCGUCGUGCGUAAAGACCCCGCUGUGGUUGCUGCCCCGGUGGUCGCCGCCGCCCCUGUGGUUGCUUCCGCGCCUGUGGUUGCCUCCGCUCCCGUGGUCGCCUCCGCCCCUGCCGUCGUCGCCGCGCGCACCGUAGCUUCUCCCGCUGUCUACGCCGCGUCCGUGCCCUCAGUCUACGCCGCUCACAGCGUCGCUGCUCCCGCGGUCUACGCUGCGUCCGCUCCCGUUGUCGCUGCCCGCGCGGUCGCCGCCCCUGCUGUAUACGCCCGCACCGUCGCCGCCCCAGCGGUGUACUCUGCCCCAGUCUACAACUACAACACGGUCGCAGCCCCAGCGGUCUACUCCGCUCGUGUAGCCUCUCCCUACGCCGCCUACUCCACCUACUCCGCCGCCCCCGUCUCAUACUGGUAAACCUCCGAUAGCCUUGCCUCAAGGCUUUAGCGACAUACCAUAAGUGUUCCGAUCUUCGAAUUGUAAAUAGGUAAUUGUUACUUGUUUGUACAGACAGUAUGUAAUACAAUAAAGUCACUUAAAAUAUUGUA